GGAAGAUCAAACGUCUGGGUUGCUUUUCAGUUUUGCGUACCAAUAUCUUCCAUUUCUGGAAUUAAGAUCACCAACGAUAUUUUGUAAUGGAUUAGCUUAAUGACACGUGUAGUUUUGUUCAUAUCAUAUUUUUAUGAGAAGCUAGAGUAAAAACGCUAUUUGUAAAUGGGAGUUCCUUUUUAAGUCCGUAAUGCUAAAAAGCUGUGGGACCGUUGAUAAAGUAGACCAGGAAGAAUGUGAAAAGGAAGGAAGUGGCACCGUGGAAAACUUUGAAAAUAAAGCAGAGGAAUCGUUUGUCGGUACUAGUCCUAUAAGUGCCCAUAACUCAGUGAGCUACAAUCCUCCAAAAAACGGUUUGAUCGCUUCUGCAUUAGAAAUACCUAACUCUGUGUGCCUGUCAUUUGAACAUGUAGAUCCUCUGCUCCAAAGCACUUCCCCUCCUUGUUCGAUCAAAAAUACAAUUCCUCAAGAUGAGAAACAUGCAGGGUUAUUCACAAAUAUCAAAAAUGACUUAUCCACUGAUCAUGGAUUAGAAUUUAAUAAAAGUGAAAACCAGGAGCAAUGUGACAAACUGAUGGAUUUACCAAAUGGUUCCAAGCAAUACAAUGAAGUUCUUAUUGAUGGAUUUGCUAUUUUAUCUUUUAAAACAAUGGAUGAUAUGCUGGAAUUCACUAAACUAGACGAAUCACAAAAUCCUGGAAUGACCCCCACUAUUGAACAAACCUAUAAACGAGCGCGUCGAUGUGGUAUGCCAAAACUUAAACGAACAAAAGCAUUUCUCAAGCAGACACUCUCACAGACAUCUACAUCAAAUGAUUUACUUCGUCAUCGCCGACAUCAUCACCAUCAUCAUAAUCAUAGUCACUACCACUUUAAUAAUAUUCAUCAACAUCCAGCAUUGUGUGCUUAUAAAUCGCAUUGUGAUACCAAUCAUAUGUCGUCUACCAUACAUUUAUCACCGAAUCACGAAAAAGAUACCAAGUCAAUAGUAAAUACUACUAUUACUGAUGGUAUUAAUAAACUUUCUUCCAUACAGCCUAAUAAUAAUAGUAAUGGUAAUGGUAAUAAGCAUUAUCAUCAUCGUUCAUAUGAAGUAAACAAUAGUACUAGUCUUCAUGAAGAAACUAAUCAUAAUGAUGUUCACUAUCGAGAUGAUGAAACUCCCACUCCUCCUCUUCAUCAUCAUAAUCCUUAUUGUUUUACACUUAAUCUAUCAACUCAUACAAUUGCAACAUCAAAUUCUCCUAUUGAUAACACAUUGAUAUCUUCAAAUCGGUCUAAUCAUCAUAGUCAUAAUCAUUCCUCAUUGACUACAAUGCCUAAAAAAGAACAUAGGUAUUCACAAGAAAGUAUUCAAUCCCCACCGGAAUAUACUUCAAUGAUAAGUCCAAAAAAUCAUUCUAUUGGAAAUAAUAUUACAUCUUCAUCAUCACCACCACCACAAGAUUAUCGUUCAAUGUCGGUACCAGGGAUAUGGAGUUCGCGAACCAAGGUAACAGUAGUGAUACUGAUAGUGUUAAAAUAAUGCCAAAGAUUUCUGUUCCAUCUGAAAAUCUUAAACGAUCCGACUCAAUCAAUAGUAGUAAAUCUCAUUGUCAUCAAUUUAGUGUAGCCGCUCUAACUGAUGAAGUUAUGCAUUCCUCUGCUCAAUCAGAAGAAUCCAAGUCACAACCUACUAUUAUAUCCAAAUCUCCAAAACAUCCAAGUGGUAAAAAGCGAACUUACAGAAAAUCAGAACAUCGUGAUAUCGUAAAUACCGUAUCCGAUAAAUAUUCACAUCGUCGUAAUGAAUAUGAUAAAUCUUUUGCAUAUUCCAAAUUUGACAAUUCUACACGUGUAAACCGGUGCACAGGUGUAGAUAACAAUGGUAGCAAUAAAUCUUGGAAUUCAGCAAUUAACGAUUCGUUAAAAGGAGCAUUAUACUUUCCUACAACUGUUGGUACGAAUCAUAAUUGUGAACGAAUACAUGAAACGGUUUCAAAAUAUUCUCCAAUGACCAAUCAUAAUUUUAAUUCGACACCAUUUUCUUUACGUAAUCCAGCUGAUUCUCUUCCUGCUCAUUCAUAUCUACCACCAAGAGGAUUACAAGAACCUACAAGUUGUGGUUCACAGAUCAGACCUCUGUCAUCAUCAUCUGCACACUUAGUACCACCUUCAGUCCCAUCAUCAAUAUGCUCGAACUCAUUUCUUUCACAUCAAAAUUUAUUAAAACAGUUUAUGGGUAUUGAUUCAGAAACUGCUAAUCAAUUACUCAAUGAUCCACGUUUUAUGGAAUUGUAUGCGCUUACUAUGGCUACUCUAAGUAAUAAUGUUGAUGGUGUUCCUGACUCCAUAUUACCACCACCAGUGUCACGAAUUUCUUUGCCUAAUCAUGCCAAUACCAUAAUAUCAACAUCGGUUAACAGUGGUAAUCAAAAUAAUAAUUCUUGUAGUCGAUUUAAAAAUGGAAAUACUGUAGGACAUUUACGAACAACUGAUACUUCACAAUUCGGAGAAACAUCGUUAUCUCAUUGUGGACAACAAGUCAAUUUAUCCAGCAUUCAAAACAAAUUAUAUCCUUAUAGCAAUAUGAUGAUGCUUGGUGCUAAUCGUCCCCCACUAGCCCCUAGUUCUGUUCCACAAUCUUCACAGACCACAUCUAGUUCGUCUAUAAACCGUCUUAUCCCACCAAAUGCAGAAUCAUUGUCAAUUAGUCAACUACAAACUGAUCGAUCUCAGGCUGUAUUAGCUGCAGCUUACGCUGAUCGUGAAUUCGUAACAUCAAAUUCAACACUGGGUAAACUGAAAUUAUCUUCUCAAGGUAUAAUGAUCAAUAAUGGUAGUGAUCGCAAUAAUAAUUCAACUGUACCAAGUUCAUUAGUCAGUUCAUUACAAUCUACAACAAAUAUCAAUUGUCUGUCUGACAGUUAUAAUAGAAAUGCCCAACAUUUCAAUAUGCCACCUAAUCCAAUCAUACAACGUCAUCAUCAUUUAAGUUCUAUACCUCAAUCAUCUAUCGGUACAUUAGAAUCAUCUACUCUGCAUAAUUCCAAGUCAAAUUCCAUAAGUUCCAAUCUUUCUUGUUCCUUAUCAUCAGAUUCAAUGCUGAAUAAAAAUUUCGGUUCUUUCCCUUUCAAACUCUUUAAUGGCGAUCUACACAAUCCUGUCUCGUCGUCUUCGUCCUCAUCGUUGUCUACACACAAUGAUCGUAAUACCAUGAUGGGAUUGCAUAAACCAGAAUAUAUGCCAUCAGAAUCGGUGCUUCGCCCUAAUUUUCCACCUCCUCUUCAAUUAAUACCACCACCACUCCCUCCAAAUAUACCUCCGGAAUUUUUAAAAUCAUUUCUUGUACCUGAUUCUUCAUCAUCAUUAUUUCCGGGUCCUAAAGUUAACGUUACUCUAAACUCAUCAUUUUUGCCUUCCAAUCCAAACUUACAAUCCACACAACCGUUGUAUUCCCCUAUGAGAGUUAAUCACCCUAAUCGAUCGGAUAAAACUAAUUAUAAUGGUAUUCUACACCGUCCAGUUUAUGGAGAUAAGCUUUAUGGACGUUGGGCUGACGCACAUGUUCGUAUCGCUCUGUUUAUCCAACAUUGUAAAUCAUCUACUCAAGGAUUACAAUCAUCUCCGGUUAUAUCCUCAAUAUUUUCAACAUCUAGAUUACCAAUUCGUCCUAUGGUUAAACGUUUGAGCCUAGGUGUACAUUCCCCUAUGCCUUCUUCCAUGACUAGUGGACCUGUAAAUUAUAAUUCAAGUAAAAUAAAUAUUGAAUCAGUGAAUAACAAUCGAUCAACUCAGCCGCCGCCACUAAGACCUCCUUCUCUUCUUCCUUCACAACUUCAUAAUCCUAUUAAUUCAGUGAACAGUAAUAAUAAUAAUAAUAAUAAUAAUAGCGGUCCUUCAAUUCCUAGUAAUAUAACCUCUGAUAUAUCAUUUUGGGGACAUUUAUUUAAUGAAUUUAUGAAUAAUCUAUCAAAGGAAUUUCUAAAUAGUAUGUCAGACUGUAAAGAUACUCAACUAGCAACAUUACAAAACUUUUAUUCUCAAAUGUCACAAAUGAAUAAUUCUGUAUUAAAUGGAGGUUCUUUCCCGAAAUCAACAGAUUUUUCUUUUCUCAAUUCAACAGUAUCAUCGUCAUCUAUGGCUAACAAUAGUAAUAAUAACAAUUGUUCACCAGUUCCAUCAGCAUCAAAUAUUGCCGGCUUCAACUUUCCAUUAAUUACUCAAUCUUUCAAUUCCCUUUCUUCUUCCUCCUGUUCUUCUUCUUCUUCUUCUGCUACUACUACUACUACGAGUGUUCGACCAACUGUUCUUCCUUCAUCUCCUGCUCUUAUGAAUUUUUCAUCAUCAACAAAUGUUUUUAAUAAUAAUGAUUUAAAACGAAGACGAACUGAUGCUUCAAGUAGCAUGGAUAUUAAUAAUUUGCCAUUUCCAAUGCGUUUUCCUAAUUCUUUUCCUCGACCACCGACUAUUCAUAAUUAUGUGCCUCAUCAGCAUUCUUCCCUUCAUUCUGGAUCAUCAAUACCACCACCUCCAGCACAUUCCGAUAUGAUAAAUGUAGCCGCCGCUGCUAGUUUAUUAAAUGGAUUUCGAUUGCCUGAAACCUUUUUAAAUCAUUUCCCACAUCCUAUACAGUUAUCAUCGGUGUCAAGUGGUUCUUCUUUGAAUGAUAGAAAAAACAACAGGUCAUCCAAUACUACUACCGGUACUAUUACGACUUCCAGUAAUUCAUCACAUUUAAUUCCGAUCAAUCCUUGGUGAUUUUAAUCACAUUGUUUGUCUAUUUUUCUCCCGAUCAAUAGUUUAUAACUUGUUUCAAAAUGGUGAUUUUAUUGUUAUUAGCUAAUUCAAUCCUAGUGAAGAGAAGAUAGGUAUGUGAUUACGAUUAUGUUGAUAGUGUAUGUGUAUGAGUGUGGGGGAGGUAGGUGCAAACAAAAAAGGAUCAGUUUUCAUUUCAAUUCUUCCUUUCAUUUAAUUGUGUUCUUUUACUUUUCCUUUGUUUAUUUAUUCAAACAUGCAGAGAUUUACUUUCGCUAUUAUAUAUAUAUAGCAUAUCUCAGCAGUACAAUGUUCAGUUACAUUUUCUGCGUACUUCUUUAUAAAUAUUAUUCAUUAUUCUUUGUGUGGUUUGCUUCCUACACUAUAUUCAUAUCCUUAUCAGAGAAUACACCUAUCGUCAUCAGCAUCAUGAAUAGCCAAUCACGAUAAAGGUGCAUAUAGCAUUGUUGUUGGAUAAUCUCAGCUAUUUUUCUUUUAAUUUCAAAAACAGAAACAUCACCUCCCCUAACAUGUACACAAACUAUGUAGAAUGGAGUUAAGUAUUUUUUUUCUCCGGUAGAUUUCAUUUCAGAAUCAUGUAUAUUAAUCAUUAUUAAAAUUUGACAAAAUGAAGUUUCAGUACACCAUAAUACAUAUAAUUAAAUACAAAAGUCAUAAUAAUGUCUUCUUGUCUAUUCUUUUCACUUGCGUUCUUUUUUUCGCCUUUUUUUGUCUAUUGACGACUAUGUUAUGUUGUAUAUUAACGUGAAACAUAAUGAAUGAGCUAUAGGGAAUGUGUGAGUGUAUGAGAGAGAAUUUUUUAUCAACGAAAUCACUAUAUAUCUCUUACUUUUUUUUUUGUAUAACUCCCCUUCUUCUUGUCUUUACUUUCAUACUUCUGACCUUCAAAUGACACUACUACUAUUAGUACUUAGUUACAUUAGUUAAAUAGAUAAAUAGACAGAUAAUCAGUCGACUAUUACUACUACCAUCACCAUUAUUAUAUUGUAUUAUAUUAUAAUACCUUUUAUAUUAUACUCAUCUUUUAUUUUACACAUUGCUUUGUAGACAGUUAAAUUUGUCACAGUGUCCCCAUUCACUUCUCUUCACCUAUGUUUUUUUCUUCUUUAAGUCUUUAUACCCUUAGUGCUUCUGUUAUAGCUUGUUCUUUUACCCGAAGAAGAAUGUAUCCUUUAGGCGUCAUAAUGAUAAUUGAAUUUAAUUAUUUUUAUUAUUUCAUUUUUUGUGUUAUAUUAGCUGAAUCAUAUAGUUAAUUGUGGUUAAUAUAAAUUAACAUUCAAUUUUUCAUUAGUUUAACAACAAUAAUAAAUACUUUCCUACUAACUAUUGUCAUUUAUUAAUUAAAUUGCCUCUUUAAAAAUAUUGUUAAUAUACUUUGAGAUUAGUAUUGUCAAUUUCAUUGUGUUAUAUUCUCAUCCCCAGUUAUGAUUAAUUACAUAAAUGGAUAACAAUGCAAAACAAGCAAGGACUAUUGAAUACGUACAAAUAUACUGAAAAUAUUGUAAAUUUAAUGGCUGUUCAAUUGUUCAUUAUUAUUAUUAGCAUUAUUUUCAUUUUCUUUUAAUUUUUCAUAAUGAUCAGUUUGACAACGAUGAUUACUAGCUCUAACAUAGAGUUUACAUUAUUUUACACAAUGGAAACAAUGUUUUGGUUAUGGUAGUAGUAGUAGUAGUAGUAAUAGUGGUAAAUUGGUUAAUCUGAUCCUUUUUUCAGUUUGUCUCUAUGUUCAUUAUUAUUAUUUCACUGGUUCCAUCUUCUUUCUUUCCAUUUUCCAUCCAAACUGCAUCCUUACCCUGUGUAUCUUGUGCUUCACAGUGAAGCAAAAAAGAAAAACAACAACAACUCAAAAACGUUGUAAGUAAACCACCAAAUCCAAAGUUUUCUGUUUUUUUUUCGCUGAUUAUUAUCGCUGUUGUGGUUACUGUUUAUUAUUGCGUUCAGUUCUUUAUUUUUCCAAAAUCAAAAUCCUGUUUUUUUCGUAUGUCAUUUUGUUUUCUAUACAUGUGCAUUCAUGGGAUACUGGUAACGGGAAUGAUAGUACGUAGUGUUCUAUGCGUGUGUGUGUGUGUGCCUCUACAUAAGUGUAGCAAUAUGCAUAGACUUGAACACAACACUAUAUACAUGGAUUAUUAUUGUUAUUAUUAUCAAAUGAAAGUUAUUUAAGAAUCGUUACUUUUCUCGUGAACAUAACGAUGCGAGAAAAUUGCUAUAGUUACUGGCCGUUAAUUUUCGAUUAUAGAAAUGUAAAAUAAUUAAUCACAACAAUUUCUGAUAUUUGAUAUGUGAUUAUUAAGUAACUUGGUAAUUGUUUAUACCUUUAUACACCAACUAUACGCUUAUAAUGUUAUAAUAUUAACUAUUUCUAUGUAUAGAUGAAAUGAUAUAUAUGUUUAUCUACAUAAGUAAUAAUAUUAGACAAAUCCAGUAUAGUUUGAAUGGAGGAGACCAGUA